CGUCAUCAUAGGUUAAUGGUCAGGAAAGUGGAAAGAGGAUGCAGAUCCGAUAUGUUAACGGAUCUACUAUUAAGGGUUAAUGGAUCCAAUUCUUUGCCGUUUACGGUUAAUGGAUCUAAUACUAUUAAGGGUGCGUGGCAUACAGCUUCUGCUUACCACCGACUCUAUAAAAGGAGAGCGGUAGCGUUAUACAUCCGCCAAAGGAGAAGCCGGGGCGGAGAUCGAGCAGCGACUCCAACACUCCGACGAGCUCUGCUGAGAUUCCGAUCUCGAAACCUUCGCGACAUGGAUGACCCGGAGCUAGAAGCCAUUAGGCAAAGAAGAAUGCAAGAGUUGAUGGCAAAACAUGGCAUUGGUAAUCAGCAAAAUGGUGAGCCGCAGAAGGCACAAGAAGAGGCCAAAAGAGAAGCAGAAGAACAUAGGCAACUGAUGCUUAGUCAGAUAUUAUCAGCUCAAGCAAGAGAAAGGCUUGCUCGUAUUGCUUUGGUGAAACCUGAUAAAGCAAGAGGCGUGGAGGAUGUUCUUCUUAGAGCUGCUCAAAUGGGACAGCUAACUGAAAAGGUAUCGGAAGAGAAGCUUAUUUCACUUCUGGAGCAGAUCAACAACCAAACAAGCAAACAGACAAAAGUUACUAUCCAGCGACGCCGAAGUGUACUUGACGAUGAUGAUUAGUUAGCAGUCUAUUUUAGUCAGGGGAACUAUGUUGAGUAUAUGUGUAUGCUUGGAGUCACACCUCAUGGCAAGUGUUACUUUGUUACUCGGUCAUGUCUGAACUGUUCUAUAAUGUUCUGCAGAACUUGUCUUCGAUCCAUAUUUACUGUUAAAUGUAUGUCUCCGGAACAGAGCCGAUGUUUGAAAUCUAUAAUCAAACCCCCUUGGUCGCUAGUAACAGAA